CGGCGCUCGGCAGGCUGGCGCGGCCCGGCGCGGGCUCUCCGGCGCAUGCGCGCGGCGCGGCGCUCCCUUUCUGCCCGUUCGCCGGAGCCGCCAUGGCGCCCGUGAAGAAGCCUGCAGCUAAAGGUGGCAAAAAAAAGAAGCAGGUGUUGAAGUUCACGCUCGACUGCACGCACCCGGUGGAGGACGGCAUCAUGGACGCCGCCAACUUUGAGCAGUUCCUGCAGGAGAGGAUCAAGGUGAACGGCAAAGCGGGUAACCUGGGCGGGGGCGUGGUAACCAUCGAGCGGAGCAAGAGCAAGAUCACGGUCACAUCCGAGGUGCCGUUCUCCAAGAGGUACCUCAAGUACCUGACCAAGAAGUACUUGAAGAAGAACAACCUGCGCGACUGGCUGCGCGUGGUGGCCAACAGCAAGGAGAGCUACGAGCUGCGCUACUUCCAGAUCAACCAGGACGAGGAGGAGGAGGAGGAGGAGGAUUGAGCCGGCGGCGCCCGGCAGCCAUUUUGUACAGUUUUGCUUUCCUGGAAUAAAGGGCGGGGAGAGUUGUUGAUA